AUGGGAAGUUUUCCUUCAACAUUAACCAAUAUUCCAUCAUACUGGCCAAAAGUCUCGUUUUCACUAUUCGUAUUGGGUCAAAUCUUGUCUAUUCCUUGUUAUUUAUUUGUUGGCUACCAUAUUCUUUUUGAAAAAUCUGCACGUAAAGCUCUUCAUAAUCAUGUCAUUAUAAUCUUAUUGUUCUACAAUUUUCUUGGAAUUACAUUUGAUUUAUCAUUAACAUUAAAUUAUGAUCGUGUUGGAUAUGUAUCACUUUUUUCUCCUACUCUUUGUCGUUUUUGGCAAUUGGUAGACGAUGGAAUAUGGUAUGGAGGUGUUUUUUUAAUGAUGUGGGCAUCAUUUGAAAGACAUAUUCUUGUAUUUCAUUCAAAUUUUGUUCGAACUCCAUAUCAACUCUUUCUUAUUCAUUACAUUCCACUCAUAUUUUUCGCUUUGUAUGCACCACUAUUAUAUUUCUAUUUAAUUUUUCUUUAUCCAUGUGAUGAGCAUUUUGACAGUACACUUGUCCUUUGUGAUGAGAUGUGCUUUUAUGCAACAAUUCCGAAUUGGUUUCUUGUAUAUGAUUCAUUCGUAGAUUACACAAUUCCCAUACUUCUUAUUGUUGUUUUUAGUAUUUCUCUUUUAUUACGAUUUAUUAGACAAAAACAACGUUUACAACAAGCAGUAACAUGGCGUCAAUGUCGAAAAAUGACUAUUCAACUUACACUUGUAUCUGCAACUUAUCUUAUAUUUGAUCUUCCUUAUGUUAUCAUUUUUCUUGUACAAUCAUGUGGUUAUCCGGAUUUUGGCAGUAAUAUUAUCAUGCCAUAUAUUGCAAGUUUGACAUAUGUUCCUGCAAUUGUUUUGCCUUAUGCUACUCUAUUAGCAUUACCUGGAUUAAAACAAAAAUUUCGCAAUUUGUUCUUUUGGAAAAGACAUCAACGACAAAUCGUUCCAUUAACUACGCACGCUUAA